CGCCGCUUGGCAUCGUCCUCCCAGGUGGCUCGGGAGGAAGCCCGUCGCGCACACCUGUCCGCCUCUCUCGGCCCCUGAGCCGCCGAAGAACUCCAGCCGCCGUUUGAGGGUUAGAGCUGCCCCUGCCCCCUCCUGAGUCCGAGAAUACAUACAUUGAAGGUGUGACGAGAUAUUUAUCUAAUUUCUGUGUCAAAAUUAAAGACCUGCAGUGGCAAUGAAGGAAGAAACUGAAUUUGUCAUUUUCACCUAAAGAAAAAUGAUGGACAAAAAUCAAACCUGUGGUGCAGGACAGGAUUCUGUGCCCUAUAUGAUCUGUCUGAUUCAUGUACUCGAAGAAUGGUUUGAUGUGGAACAACUGGAGGACUAUCUGAAUUUUGCUAGCUAUCUCUUGUGGGUUUUCACACCACUCAUACUUUUAAUACUUCCUUAUUUUACUAUCUUUCUUCUCUAUCUUACUAUCAUUUUCUUACACAUUUAUAAGAGAAAGAAUGUGUUAAAAGAAGCCUACUCUCAUAACUUGUGGGAUGGCGCCAGGAAGACGGUGGCCACGCUGUGGGAUGGACACGCAGCGGUUUGGCAUGGCUAUGAAGUUCAUGGGAUGGAAAAAAUACCAGAAGAUGGACCAGCACUUAUAAUUUUUUAUCAUGGAGCUAUUCCCAUAGAUUUUUACUACUUCAUGGCUAAAAUCUUUAUCCACAAAGGCAGAACUUGCCGAGUAGUAGCUGACCACUUUGUCUUUAAAAUUCCAGGGUUUAGUUUAUUGCUUGAUGUGUUUUGUGCUCUACACGGACCAAGAGAAAAGUGUGUUGAAAUUCUGAGGAGUGGUCACUUGUUAGCUAUUUCGCCAGGUGGAGUUCGAGAAGCCCUAAUUAGUGAUGAAACCUACAGCAUCAUAUGGGGCAAUCGUAAAGGCUUCGCUCAGGUUGCAAUUGAUGCAAAGGUGCCCAUUAUUCCUAUGUUUACACAAAAUAUUCGAGAAGGAUUUAGAUCACUUGGAGGAACAAGGUUGUUUAGGUGGCUUUAUGAGAAAUUUCGCUAUCCAUUUGCUCCAAUGUAUGGAGGUUUUCCAGUGAAGUUACGCACGUACUUAGGUGAUCCCAUUCCAUAUGAUCCAAAGGUGACGGCGGAAGAAUUAGCUGAAAGGACGAAGAAUGCUGUUCAAGCUUUGAUUGAUAAGCACCAAAGAAUACCAGGAAACAUUAUGAGUGCUUUGUUAGAACGCUUUCAUAAAAAACAAAAGGUCAAUUAGAAGAUGAUUUAAUACAUUUAUAUCAAUGUUUGUGUCUAAGGUACUAUCUUCUAAAUUUUGUAGGGUCUAUAAUUAGUGUUUUUAAAAAUCAUGUUAAUAAGCAUCUUUCACAGAACUCAAUUGUUUGAAAUUGUAUUGUCAAUUUUGUUUUUGCAAUUGUGUCAAAUAUUAAUUCAUUACAUGCCUAAUAAUUCAGAAAAUGAUUAUAUUUUAUUUGUAAAUUCCUAAUGUAUGAUAAACGCUCAUUCUUAAAAUUAAGUGUAUUAAUAAUAGUAGUUUCAGUUAAACACACAUUCCUGAAUAGUGUAUCUAAUUUCUAUAUCUGUUGCACUGAAUUACUUUUGAGAGUUGGCGUAAGUAGAGUUUAGUAUAGUCACUUAAGUUAGAAAUAUAAAUGCCUUCAUCUGCCCUUCAUUUCCUUCAUGACUUUGUGCGAGUCACAAGGCUUUUGUGCCUCAACAGUUCACUUUUUAAAAACAUGAUACUACUAUGGUGAAGAAUAUUAUUUUAAUUUCUUUACAUUUGCUGUGAUUGAUAACUGUUGCACCAAAAUUAUAAUGGAAUGAAACCAUUCCUAAUCUUUUAGGAGCUAUGUAUAUAUUUUUUCCAUCGGAUGUUUAAAUUAUUUCUUCAGGUAUAAUGUCCAGUUGCCAAGCACAAUGAAUAAGAUGUACUGUUUUUCAAAUUGAAUAUAUUUUUAAUAAGAGCCUGUAAGCAUCACUAUAUGGUAUGGUAUGCAUUAUCAACCCCAUAAUAUGGCAUUGAAUAGUGCAAGGUUAUAAACCACUGUCAUGCUCUGCCUUUUAUGUGUUAGAAGCUGAUUCUAGACUGAGGAAAGCAGAGCUUUCUUCUUUUGCUCAUAUCAUGGCUUGUCCAUUUUGAUUUUGCAACCAAUGAAAUGGUUUAUUGUCUCAAUAAAAACAUACUUGAAUGAUGAAUUUAUGUGAACACAAAACCUGCUGAAAAAUUAAAGGCUUUCAAUUUACUGUCUUCUUGAAAACUGAAUUAAGAAGUAUUUAAACAGAAGAGUGUCUGAAAUCAAAUGCAGUAUCUCCUCCUUUUAUAGAUGUUUUGUAUAGAUUUUUGUAUUACAAGUGUGUAUUUAUGACAUAUGUAAUGUUUAUAAAAUUAAACAAUGUAAAAAUAAAGCUGAAUUGCAAUUCAGUUUAUGUGAA